UAUUUUAGCUGCCCAGGUGUUCAGGUCCACAACGUUUUGGGUCUAAUGUUGAUUUAGAAAACAUUUUAAGCUAAAAUAAGAACGUUCUUCUAAAAUCCUGUCUUUAAUUAAAGUUUAACAGGUGACCAAGUCUGCUGAGUAAAACAUUUGUGACCCGACUUCAAUAUUAAAAUCAAUGUAAACAACAUGACUUAUAAAAAACACAGAUUUUUGUGUGACUGAACACUUUCCGUUUAGGAAUAUCUCAUCUUAAAAACGUACAUAAAGUGUUUAUCUUCAUCAGCACCAUUCUUAAGCUGCAGUCAUGGCCUCAGAAUUUAUUCCAAGGUCCGCCAAUGGCCCGAGAGCCGCCCUUUGAGAACCCAGGUUUAAACUGCUGAAGUCAAGGGAUGAAGUGGUUCAUCUCUGUGGCGGCGCGUCGUCACCGCUAAAGCAGCUCACUAGCGCCACCAUCUGGAUGAAAUCGUCUGGUUCUGUCUGGCAGAGGAGUCCAGCAUACAUGGGAUUUGUAGUUUUUUACUGAGACCGGAAGCAGAAGGUCCAGCGCUCUCUGUGUAGCGCCCAGGAGUUUCAGCUGCUGCUCUCCUGUCCCGGAGCUCCUCCACCGGCAUCCUGCUCCCCGGUAUGUCCGCCGUCAGAGCGCUGAGGAGCCGCCGGCUCCUCCGGCAGGUGUCCCCCGUCCUCCAGGCGUCCCUCCGCAGACAUUACAGCUUGGACGUCUCUGCCGCGCUGCUCCGGACUCAGGGAUACCUGGGCGGCCGCUGGGUCUCUGCAGCCUCGGUGUUCCCGGUUCUGGACCCGGCCACCGGGCAGGAGCUGACCCAGGUGUCGGACUGCGGGCCCGCAGAGGCCAAGCAGGCGGUGGAGGCCGCCUACGAGGCGUUUCAGUCCUGGAAGCACACCACAGCUAAGGAGAGGAGUGUCCUGCUGAGGAGGUGGUCCGACCUGCUGCUGCUGCACCAGGAUCACCUGGCCAGAAUCAUCACCUUUGAGUCUGGUAAACCUCUGCCGGAGGCCCUGGGCGAGGUGUCCUACUCGGCCUCCUUCCUGCAGUGGUUUUCAGAAGAAGCUCGCAGAGUUUACGGCGACGUCGUUCCGUCUCCGGCCGCGGACCGCAGGCUGCUGCUCCUCAAGCAGCCAGUAGGGGUCGCCACCAUCAUCACACCGUGGAACUUCCCCAGCGCCAUGAUUACCAGGAAGGUUGGCGCCGCCCUGGCCGCCGGCUGCACCGUGGUGGUGAAGCCGGCCGAGGACACGCCGCUGUCCGCCCUGGCUCUGGCCGAGCUGGCGCAGCAGGCGGGCGUCCCGCCGGGUGUGGUCAACGUGGUUCCCUGCUCCAGGGAGAAGAUGGCCGCCGUGGGCCGGGUUCUGUGCUCCGACCCGCUGGUGGCCAAGAUCUCCUUCACCGGAUCCACGGCAACCGGGAAGGUGUUGCUGAAAAUGGCCGCCGACUCGGUGAAGCGGGUUUCCAUGGAGCUGGGAGGCCACGCCCCCUUCAUAGUGUUCGACAGCGCCGAUGUGGAGCGAGCGGUGGGCGGAGCCAUGGCCUCCAAGUUCCGGAACUCCGGACAGACCUGCGUGUGCUCCAACCGCUUCCUGGUCCAGAGCGGGAUCUACGAGCGCUUCCUGGACGGGCUGGGCCGCGCCAUGGACGCCGAGCUGCGUGUGGGUCACGGGUCGGAACCGGCCACCACGCAGGGACCGCUCAUCAACGCCAGAGCAGCGGAGAAGGUGGUCCAUCAGAUAGAGGACGCCGUGUCUCGUGGCGCCCAGGUUCUGCGAGGCGGGAAGCGUCUGGACGGGUCGUUCAUGGAGCCGACCCUGCUGGCGGGCGUCACCACUGACAUGCUGUGUACGCAGGAGGAGACGUUCGGACCGCUGGUUCCGGUCAUCAGGUUCGAGACGGAAGAAGAAGCUCUUGCUGUGGCCAACGCUGCCAAUGUCGGGCUGGCAGGAUACUUCUACUCGCAGGACGUGGGCCAGAUCUGGCGGGUGGCCGAGGCGCUGGAGGUGGGCAUGGUGGGGGUCAACGAGGGCCUCCUGUCCGCCGCCGAGGCCGCUUUCGGUGGGGUCAAGCAGUCCGGCCUGGGCCGGGAGGGAUCCAAGUACGGCAUCGACGAGUACCUGGAGGUCAAGUACAUGUGCUUCGGAGGCCUGAAACCCUGAACCGGGCCGGAGCUGGUACCGGCACCGGAGACGGGGAGGAGCGAGAGCUGCUGAUCAACAUGACCCAGGAAGCUUCCCAACCCUGCAGCAUGUCUGCUACCAUCAUUAAUAAUUAUAAUCAUUUAAAUUUCUAGUGGACUUUUUAAAACAUUCAGGAACAAAUAUAUAGUAAAUAUAAGACAAAUGUAAAAUUUUUAAAAUAAUGACCUAAAUACCAGGAUUAAUAAUUAAAUGUAGAAACACUAAAAUCACCAGGAUUGAAAAUAGUUUUUUAAAAUCAUUGUUGUUUUUUUCUAUAUUACAUCAUUUCCUGUCUGAUCUGCUGCCUGGUUCCACUAAUUAAAGGUUCAGUGUGAUGAACACUGCCACCUGGUGGUCAGGGAAGGUACUGCAGCCAUCAGGUUUAAUGGCCCCAUUUCCUCAGACUCGGCAUGUUAAACGUGGUUUUGUAAUUUCUGACCCAAAGUGAUUUUUUGUUAUUCCCUCAAUUAUUGUGGAGGGACUAAGCUCCGCCCACUUUUACCCAAACCUCCAGAACCCCUUGCCUGAUGCAGUCGGGCAACAAAGUGCAGAAAAAACCGAAGUUGAAGUUUCAUGUUGACUUUAAUCUGAUGGAUUUUGGAUGAAUCCAGAAUCUGGGUUCCUGCUGGAACCGGGUCGGUUCUGCUGCAGAUGGAGUUCUGUGGGUUUGUUGGAUGUUGGGUUAGUGUCUCGGAUUAUUCUGGAAAACUUUGGAUGUUUGUACGUUUGAUCUGAAAUAAACUGAUUCAUGUUUUA